AAUAGCUGUUGACAAUCCAUGCAUUCAUAAAAUCUGCUGAUCCCACUGGCAUUCAUCCUGAUGUCUGGAAAACGAAAGACGGAAUAUGCUAAGGUACUCUCUGUUCUUUUGGACCACAUGGCAAGACAACCCACUACCGCCUGCGUAGCUGUUGAUUUUGAGGCGGGUAUCUGGAAAACCGUACGAGAGACAAUAAAUGCAGAGAUAGCCCGCCAACGUUCCUUAAAGCUGCCCUAUACCCUAAAUAAGCUGUGCUAUAAGCUGCCCAGUGGCAAGACAGUAGUUAUCAAACUUGUUGACAAUCUGAGAUCUGCUCAGAAAGAACUUAGCAAAUCAUCUUCCUCGACCCAGCAAGGAAAUGGGGAUGAAUCCUCCUCAUGUGAUGAAAUUUGUUGUUCAUCAAUUAAAACAGCGACUUCACAGGAGAACAGCAAAUCUAAUACGGAGACGACUGCAGUGAAAAGUGAAGAUGGUUUCACUGUAAUUAGACGGGAAGGUUUAAAAAAAACUAAGUUUAAUGGUAAUACAUGCGCAAAUAAAGAUAAAGGGAUAUCGAACUCUACUGUUGAAAAGCUGGCUAAUGCAAAUGUAAUCUGGAAGCAAGAGAUUAGCAACUCAAAUACCAUAGACCCAAAACAGAAUCAUCCAGUAAACUAUCAGUGUAUUCCCAAGGAUAGAAAUAAUGAUAGUCAGGAAACUGCAGAGUCUGAAGUGCCUAGUUUGGCAAGUAGAAGACAACCAGUUGUCCUCAAGAGAAACCUUUCUCACAGUCAUGAAACUGCAGGGUCUGCAGAGCAUAGAUUUGAAAGUAGAAAACAACCAGUGGUUGUCCUCGAGAGGAUAAAAGUGGAAUCUGAUUUGACGGUUUCCAAUAUACCUGAAGAGUUGGGAAAAAAUAUGCAAGAGGGAUGCAGUGAAAACAUUGGGAAUAUAAACCUUUCUGAGGACAGUGUUGCAGGGACUUUAUUGGACGUAAACACUGAAGAAUGUUCCACUGAAUGCUCCAAGCAGGGAUUGCGUUUGAGAGGUGUGAAAAAGCCUUAUACCAGAAGUAGUGUUCAACAGAAAACUAAACAAUCAGAAUAUGAAAUGUUGGAAAGUAAGAUAGAAAGUGAGGACUUUUUUCCAUUCGCUUGCAAAAAGUGCAACUAUACUUCAAAAUUUAAGCAUGGAUUGAAAAGGCACAUGAAAUUACACAUGUCUGAUCGACCUUUCGUGUGCGAGAUUUGCGGGAAGGGAUUCAAACUUGCUCAAUACUUGUCUGAACACAAGCGAACACACUCGAAGGAGCGACCAUACUCAUGUGACUUUUUUCCAUUCGCUUGCAAAAAGUGCAACUAUACUUCAAAAUUUAAGCAUGUAUUGAAAAGGCACAUGAAAUUACACAUGUCUGAUCGACCUUUCGUGUGCGAGAUUUGCGGGAAGGGAUUCAAACUCGCUCAAUACUUGUCUGAACACAAGCGAACGCACUCGAAGGAGCGACCAUACUCGUGUGAGCAGUGUGGGCGAUCCUUCUCUCAAUUUAGCACCUUGCAGAAACAUAAGACAAUCCAUCAAGGGCUCAUGGAGCGGAUCCAGUAUAAAUGCUACACAUGUGGCAAGAGCUUCUCUAUGGCAACUAGCUUGCGCCGUCAUUCGAAGAUACACGAAAAUCUUGAGAGAAAGAUCAGAAUGUUUAAAAAUAUCAAAGAGAAAAAGUUGACUUUCAACUCAACUGUAGAUGACCAUCAAGGAGAGUUCGAAUGUGGCGAGUGUGGACGCAAGUUUCUCAGAAAGGAGGAUGUAGUGAAACACAUGUUGAAACACACUGGGGAGUCGAUGUACACGUGUGAAGUGUGUGGGAAGGGUUCUGGCAGCAAGCAGGCUUUACAAAAACACAUCAACAUCCACACUGGGGAUGAUAUAGAGUUGAAUGUUACUGGGUCCUCAUCUUCCAGCUUCUCUACGGCAUCUUCCUUGGGGAUGCACGAAAAUCUUACUGUGGAUGACCAUUAAUGGAAGUUCGAGUGUGGCGAGAGUUGCUGCAAGUUUUUCAGAAAGAACCAUGUGAUGCGACACAUGAUGACACACACUGGGGGGUCGAUAAACAUUCACGUGUGUGGGAAGGGUUAUAACAGCAAGAAGUCUCUACAAAAACACAUCAACAUCCACACUGGGGAUGAUAUAGAGGUGGAUGAGGAUGACACAGGGUCCUCAUCUUCCAGUGACUCAUCAGGAGAGGAUGACUUGUAUGACUGAUAAAAGUUACCUUUAUUCUGUAAAAUACAAUGGUAAACUCCACCUUUUAACAAAGAUAUAGAAUUUUGAUAGUUUAUUUUCCUGCUGGGAAAGUAAUGUCUUUUCAUGAAUAUUGAUAAAGGAAGAGAAAAAUUGACCUCAUUGUGCAUGUCCGCAAGAGAUCAGGUGGCCAUUAUUGUUAGUCUUAUUACAUAUCCGUCUUGAUUUGUAAUAUGCUUAACAGUUGUUAAUGAAAUAUAUAUACAUGUAUUUUGAGUUUUAAUUUGUUUUUAAUUCACGAUGCCAUCAUUUUGCAUAUAUAAAUAAAUUAACACUCAUACGAACUGAAAAUAGCCCUUAGGGGAAAACACAUCACUUGUGUCAUUGUAGGUUUUUGGUUUUUUUGUUCGAAUUCCUAGAUAGGACCAAUUUAUGAUAAACUAAAAAAAAAACAUGUCAUUUCCUUCGUGAAACUUUAACAGUUAUAAAGGUGUUGGCCCUUCAAUCGCCAAUUUUGAGCUCACCGAAAAGAAGUUUUUGUUGCAGGUCCUGCAUCUAAAUUAUAACUUGUCCUAUCUUCACUAAACUUGUAUGAAUCAUGCAUUUGGACCUACUUAUGGAUUUGAAAGACUAGGAUGUUGAAUUUGGACCAUGAAUUUCAAAUGCUGGAGGAGAUUAACGUUUUUGGAGCAGGUUAAAGUUUUUAGAGCAGGUGCCAUUUGAUGAUUAAAUCUUAGUUAUAACUGGUUCUAACUUCACUAAACUUGCAAGGAUGGUGCGUCUUAUGAUACAGAUGCACCUGACAGGCUUGAAUGCUGAAUCUGAGCCAUAGGUUUUGGAUGCUGAAUGAGGUUUAGUUUUUUGGAACAGGUCACAUUUUUAACAGAUAAUAGUUCUAUUUCGAACUUGCAUUGUUGAUUUAACUAUAAUACAUGUACGUGUACACAGAGGUAGCUUCCAGAGCCUGAACUCCAUUAUCAAGGAUCAGGGUUGUCUCUAAGACCCGGAAGGCGGGGAAUUCCCCCGCCUAUUAUGCCUUAAUUACCCGGCUAUUAUUGCUUUUCAAACACAAUGUAGCUAUAAGGAAGACCCCCAAACCCCCUGCUACUUUUUCAUUCCCUCCUUCUACUUCAAUUUUUAGAGACAACCCUGAAGGAUGCUAGUAAAUAAAACUACCUCACUCAAGCCAGCUUGUUAGAUUUGUUUGUUGUUGAAUGAUAUAACAUGAUCCCUAUGAUAUAGAAUUCUAUGAUAUGAUACUAACACUAUUGUUUUAUAUGAUACAAUAUUAUAUCUUGUAUAAUAUUGUAAAACAUUUCAUGAUAAUAUAUGAUACUGUAUCAAUGUUUUUUGUAUGUUCUGAUAUUGUAUCAUGAUAUUGUUUUGUAUUGUAUAUCAUGAUACAAUUUUGUAUAAUAUGAGAUUGUUCUAUAUAUAAUUGUAUCACAUGAUAUUGUUUCAUAUGAUACUGUAAUAUUUAAGAAAUAAAGAACGGAUAUGGCAUUAUAUUUGCAUACGUACUGUUCGUUUACUUGUAUAUAUAGUGGAUAUUUUUAAUAACCAAUUAAUGUCAGGAGGUACGAGUGUGUACAUGAAUAUGUUAAACAACAAAUUAACUAUAGUUACAAUUUAUAUAAGGCAAAAGUCAAGAUUUGAAUUUAAUAAAUGUUCUUGUAUAUACAAACUGAUAGUACGAUAUUCUAUAGAUUAUCUGAUUGACUUCUGUAUUUUGGAGAGUGUUUACAUAGGCUUUGCCUGUUACCCAAUCCAUUUGAUUUCUCAAUAAAAUAUGUUUAUAUUAAAUCUUUGUUACGUAAUUGUUUUAAGCGUUAUAG